GUUCAGUUUCAGAGGAGCUUCUACAGCUGUUCUGCCAAGAACAACGAGGAUUGCAUGCAGAUGGUUUUGGAUUCAACACUAUGAUUUUUCUCAAAAUAAUAUGUGUUCUAGCGAUAAUCAUUGCCACGGUCAUCACAUUGACAACAGCGUGGUCUGGUCAGUUUCCACAGUUUUACCACACGUUUCCUUCACCGACGCGUUCGCCAAUGGCAUUUAGGCCAUUCUUUCAAGAACCGUUGCUACCACAACGUUAUUUUGUGCACCAACCACAGUUUCGACAACCGUUGGAACUAUACCAACCACCGACCCCACCACCGACUGUGAUGCGACAAAAUCUGCUACCUUCACACGUUUUACCUACUCCAUUGGCGUCACACCAAGUGACGACCACCGGCGUUCAUCAUCACGUAUUCUAUUACUAUUUUUAUUUGCCGGCUAAAGGCGAAACACCAACGACCAGCCGGAUAGGUGACGACGGUCGUCAACUAGCACGGCAGCCAUGCGGCGAUUGGCAUCCCAUCACGACUACCGAAUGUCCUCCGGUGUAUCUUCCACCAUUACCACCACCACCACCACCAACACCGCCGUCACCAACACCACCAACAACUCAAACUCCAACUCCGACGACAUCGGUGACUCCGCCGUCGCAAAGUCCCUAUGACGACGACACUGUAGUCGUGGACAAUGUGGACUACUAUCCUUUCGGUAGAACGACACCAAUAGUAGUAGGUCCAGUAAACGGCGUUCGAAAUGGGUCAGAAAACAAAAAUCGAGACGGCUCGGAACCAAAUCAAACGCAUAAAAUCCAGCCCAACUUCAUUUUGGCCAACUAUUUGCUGCCACCAGACAAAUGAACCACCUCAGUGUCAAACGUCACAAAAUUAUAGGACAUACAUACAUAAUAAUAAUCAUUAUUUUUAUACAUAAUAUGAUUUUACGUUGAUUAUUAUUAUACUAUCGUCUUGUGUAACAGUUCAUUUCGUUAGAUUUUAAUUCAGAAUUUUAUUUAUCCGAAAUUGAUAUAUUAUAGUUAGUGCGAUCAUAUGAAGAACACAGUAAUUACUAUACGCCUAUUGACUAUUAUUAUCGUUUAUGACUAAUGUGUUAAGUAUUUGUUAUAUUUUAUAAAUACAUUAUAUUUAUAAUAUUGUGAA